GCGGCGGCGGCGCCUUCCGCGGCCAGGCGAUGAUGAAUCAACCCCAUAAUCCUUACAAAGGCUUGGAAACUCAGGAUGGUUAUUUUUCUCACAGGCCAAAGGAGAAAAUGCGAACGGACAGCAAUAAUGAAAACUCUGUUCCCAAGGACUUUGAAAAUAUCGACAAUAGUAACUUUGCACCCGGGAUGCAAAGGCAAAAACACCUGCCAGAGUUGGUGAAGAAGCCCACGAGCAAACAGAAGGAACACUUGAGAAGGAAAGUGGAACAGGAAGAAAAGAUGAAGGAGAACCCUCUCCUUGGGAAGAACUCCAACGAGGCCCUGCAUUACGGUAACCCGACCGCAAAGAACAGCAGCAACAGCAGCCAUUUGAAAGACAUCCACUGGUCUCCCAGGCAGCACCAUCUGAAAAAGAGUGGAAAUGGCUCUCCUGAGCUUGGUUACGAACAGCUGCCGAAAUGUGAGAUAUCGGGCAAGGAGGCCAUAUCUGCUGUGUCCAGGGCCAAGUCAAAGCAGUGCCGGCAGGAGAUUGCCGAGGUGUAUUGCCAACACAAGGAAGGCAAGCUUAUGCCAGAGGAGGUGACUCGUUUCUGCCCGCUGGAAGGCAAAGCCAACAACAAUGUCCAGUGGGAUGAGGACUCUGUAGAAUACAUGCCCACCAAUCCAGUCAGGAUUGCAUUCGUCUUGGUGGUUCAUGGAAGGGCGUCUCGGCAGCUGAUGCGCAUGUUUAAGGCUAUUUACCACAAGGACCAUUUUUAUUACAUUCAUGUCGACAAGCGUUCCAAUUAUCUCUACCGGCAUGUCAUCCAGCUUGUGAGCCAAUACCCAAAUGUGCGAGUCACCUCUUGGCGCAUGGCCACAAUCUGGGGAGGAGCAAGCCUGUUGUCUACUUACCUUCAAAGCAUGCGUGAUCUCAUGGAGAUGAAGGACUGGCCAUGGGAUUUCUUCAUUAACCUCAGUGCUGCUGACUAUCCUAUCAGGACAAAUGACCAGCUCGUUGCAUUCCUAUCAAGAUACCGAGACAUGAAUUUCUUAAAGUCUCACGGAAGAGACAAUGCAAGGUUUAUUAGAAAACAGGGUCUGGAUAGGCUUUUCCUGGAAUGUGAUACACAUAUGUGGCGCCUUGGGGACCGGAAAAUUCCAGAAGGAAUCACCGUCGAUGGUGGUUCAGACUGGUUUUUGCUGAACAGGAAGUUUGUGGAAUAUGUCACAUUUUCAAAUGAUGACCUGGUGACAAAGAUGAAGAGAUUCUACUCUUAUACAUUACUUCCAGCUGAGUCUUUCUUCCACACUGUCCUAGAAAACAGCCCUCAUUGCAACUCCAUGGUGGAUAACAAUCUGCGGAUCACAAACUGGAACCGCAAGCUGGGAUGCAAAUGCCAGUACAAGAACAUUGUGGAUUGGUGCGGCUGUUCUCCCAAUGAUUUCAAACCAGCUGAUUUCCACCGAUUCCAGCAAACUGCAAGACCAACCUUCUUUGCACGCAAAUUUGAAGCAGUGGUGAAUCAAGAAAUAAUUGGCCAGUUGGAUUACUACUUGUAUGGCAACUAUCCAUCUGGCACUCCAGGUCUCCGAUCGUACUGGGAGAAUGUAUAUGAUGAGCCAGAUGGCAUCCACAGCAUUAGUGAUGUCAUGUUCACCAUGUACCAUUCAUUUUCACGCUUGGGCCUGAGAAAAGCAGAAAGCUCAUUCCGCACAGACAGUGAGAACAGCUGCCGGUACUACCCAAUGGGUCAUCCUGUGUCUGUGCAUCUUUACUUCCUUGCUGAUCAUUUCCAGGGUUUCCUCAUCAAGCACCAUGCUACCAAUCUGGCUGCCAGUAAGCUGGAGACCCUGGAGACAUGGGUGAUGCCAAAGAAGGUUUUCAAAAUUGCAAGUCCACCAAGUGAUUUUGGAAGGCUGCAGUUCACAGAGAUCGGAACGGACUGGGAUGCUAAAGAGAGGAUAUUCCGGAAUUUUGGUGGUCUCAUUGGACCAAUGGACGAGCCGAUCGGCAUGCAAAAAUGGGGGAAAGGGCCUAAUGUCACCGUUACCGUCAUCUGGGUGGAUCCCAUAAAUGUCAUUGCUGCUACAUAUGACAUUCUGAUUGAAUCCACUGCAGAGUUUACACAUUACAAGCCACCUCUGAAUUUGCCCCUCCGGCCUGGUAUCUGGACAGUGAAAAUCCUGCAUCACUGGGUGCCUGUGGCUGAAACAAAAUUCCUCGUCUCUCCUCUGACCUUUUCCAACAGACAGGCAAUCAGGCAAGAAGAGGCCGUGAGGUUGCAUGGUGGACCACCAAAGAAUGCCUACAUGGAGCAGAGUUUCCAAGGCUUGAAUCCAGUUUUGAACAUCCCCAUCAAUGCUGCACAGGUGGAGCAGGCCAAAAGGACAGCAGCCCUCACUGGGACCAAGUUGGAGAGCUGGGUGGACAAUCUGGUUGGGAGCGUCUGGUCCGCUGUCGAUAUCUGCAGCACAGGCUCGUCCUCUUGCCCAGUAAUCCAGGCCUGUAGCCAAACUUCAUGGAGUUCUCUCAGCCCAGACCCAAAGUCUGAACUGGGUCCUGUUAAACCCGAUGGCCGUUUGAGGUAGCAGCCGGUUUGCCCUUUGUUGGUUUUAAAAGGGAAUCAAACUUUUCGUGAUCUUGUGACCUGUGCAAGGUGGAUGUCUGUCUGCACUUCAGAAUGUAAAUUAUUUUCAAUUGGUUUAGCUUUCAUUCUUUUUUUUUUUUACGAAAAAGCUAAAAAUUAGUUUUAAUUAAGAUCUAAAGUAGGGAUGGAAUUAGAAAAACGAGCUGUUCCAAUGUUUUUAGAUGGGAGGGAUGGGAAGGAGGAAACUGAUUUUAAACCAUGUGUGCUUGUAGCACAGAGAUAACCUCACAGAUUUCAAAACCCUUAUCUGAACUAUUCGCUAUUCUAUUUCAUACACACAAACGCCACAACUGUUUUCACGAAAGGAUUGGCUUUUUUGAAAGGAAGAACAAAAUGGCUACCAUUCUUGAGUGCUGAAAUUUGCUAUUACUUUCCAAAACAUUCUAUUAAAAAGAUUCGCAAAAGCAUUGUUACCACUACCCCAGCCAAGAAAAAACAACCCUGUUUUUCUCCCCUUUUAAAAGCAUUCAUGAUUUAAAAAUAGUAAUGCUUUUAAGUCUUCCCUCCAUUCACUAAUAUGUACAGGGGUUCAAUCUUUGGCCUUUCUGAUUAUGAAAGAAUUGUACAACCACAACCCAGCUCUCGCAGAAAAUCCUCACACCACAAACCUUAGGUGGAAAAUAGUUUAAACUGCAACACAGGAGGGCAGAAUGGGACAGAGGAACUCUUCCACAUCCAUAUUUUUCUCCUUGGAGCUGUCCUUUUUAAAGUGACCUUGAAUGUGGAAAGUGAAGGUAGGGGACAGAUGUCAGGGCAAUGCUUAGCAUUCAAACGAUGGGAGGAGGAUCCCCUUGUUAUCUGUGAUAACUUUCCUCUUCCAGCUAAUGUUCAGGAUAGAAUUAUAGCUCAGUGUUAAAACCAAAGGUCCCACACAGGUCCCUCACAUAAGCAAGUUGAAAGGAUCCGACAGAGCAUUCUAGAGGUACUUUGCCCGUCCACAUAGGGCAACACAGGGAUAGAGGGAAGCAGCUCUGGCAAUUUUAUAAUGCAGCUUUCCUGCACUAAAUUUUUUAAGGGAUCGUUGGUGGAAAUUUGGGGGGGGAGGGCUUGACACAAUAUCUUGUAGAGUUAAAAAAUUUCUCUCUUACCUGCCCUCCCCACUAUUUGAGAAAAGCCAGUGUUGCACUUCCACCCCAUUAUUUAAUAAUUAAUCCAGACAUAUCCUAACAUAGGAUAUAACGACACAAUGAGAAAAUACAAUUUGAUCACAUCGGGUUUCCCCGGGUAACUCACUGUAGCCGUCUAGAUGACAGUUUGUUCAGGUCUGAGGCAGGCAGCUCAGCUUUCAAAGAGCUCCAAUAGCAGAAGGUGUCUUAACAAAGUGCUAAUUGGCAAUUUUGACCGUUCUCACACCUUUUUACAGUUAUUCUCCCAAAUGCCCUAGUGAUAACUGCUGCUGAGUUGAAAUCAUUUUUUUGUUUUGUUUUUUGUUUUUUAAUGCAGUCAGAGCAGAUGUCAAUCCUGUUGGAACAAAUUUAAGCCACCCUGGUGGCUGAACAAAAAGAGAGGAUUCCCCACUCAAAA